ACUCACUGCGGGUUCCACGCAUGAGCAGCAGGACAAACAUCAGGUGGAGCCACCAGAUAAAAGCUGUCUGCAGCGGCGGAGCCUCAAUCUGAUCCGGGAUCGAACCACAUGCAGCCGCGCGUCACCACCAUGCACAGCUCCAGGCUGCUGAGCGCGCUCCUGUGCGCACUGCUGCUCGUGUCCGGCACCGCUGGAUCCGCAGAGAUGGAGAGUUCCGAGGACCUGAGCCCCAGAGCUCUGCGGGACUUCUACCCCAAAGGUCCGAACCUGACCAGCGAGAAGCAGCUGCUCGGAGCUCUGCAGGAAGUUCUGGAGAAGCUUCAGGCGAAACGUCUUCCUCUGUGGGAGAAGAAAUUUGGUCAAGUCCCCACGUGUGAUGUGGGGGAGCAGUGUGCCGUGAGGAAAGGAGCUCGGAUUGGGAAGAUGUGCGACUGCCCCCGAGGAGCGUUCUGCAACUUCUUCCUGCUGAAGUGCUUAUGAGCCUCGGAUCUGAAUGUAGUAAUGUAAAGUAAAGAAAAGUGUCUCUCGGUUCCUUUGUAAUAACUGUAAUAUUUUUUUAUGAUGCAGCUGAGCUGAGUGACUGACGCCUCCCACAGACAACUGUAGUAGUUCUAUGAUAAAUAUAUAUUUAUUAAAUACUUUAAAAUAUAUAUUAUAUCCCAGAUCAGUCUGUACAGAUGUUAAGAGACAGACAGGAGGAUUCACACAGUGUAAAUAUUCAGAAACACUUUAUGUCUGAGAAGCACAGGGUCAAUGUUGUGAUGUAGUAGGAGCUAAGAAAUUACCCACAAUGCACCGUAAACCUGAGGACCAGGUACACAGUGAAAAGCCUGAACAGCAGAAUGAUGCAAACAGGACAGAAGACGGUUCGUUACAUGAUGUUUUGUGUCUGACUCAACAAUAAACUGUGGAUCAGGGUGUUUUGUAAAAUCAGGGCAUCGCUGCAUAUUCUUUAAACCUGACUCAUGUAACAGGCGCGUGCACAGACAACAAGUUAUAUAACGUGCACGUCCUGACUUUACUGUCAUGAUUUCAUUUGUGAUGUCACACCUCCUGGGGCGGGGGAAAAUAAAAUGUGCAGAGUCAA